AUGCGAAUCCAGUUCCUCGGCUUCGCCGGAGUGAUUAUGGCAACCUCGUCUACCGCGAGAUCCUACAUGACAGGAGAAGACGAAGACCCGGCACCUUUGACCAUCCCGGUUUCAGCUGGUGCAGAGCUCGCCAUGCUCUCUGCUGCGGGGCUUUGCCUCUUGUCGUGCGAAGUCCGGGCGCAAGUGACUGUCCUCCUGGACUAA